AGGCGGGGCGCAUAAAAAGGACAAAAUGAAUCAUUAAACAAAUACAGGGAAAAAGUUGUGCCUCUUUUCCUUCUUCUUUUUCCCGAUAAAAAUAAAUCUAGGGUUUUUUUAUUGUAAUUCCAAUUCGAAUUUGGAUACUGGUUCGUCUUCUUAUUCUUCAUCGAAGGUUCCUUGCCAUAAUUCAGAAUUUUCUUUCUUGUAUUCUCCGUCAAAUCCAGCCAGGAAAAAAAAAAGGGGAAGAGAAUUAGGGAUUAAAAUUUUGGCUAUCUAUAUCAGAUAUGGGACAAUGCUUUUGCUCUGAUAAGCGUCAACAGGGGGAUGAUGAUUCUGAACAGCAUGUUGAAUUUGCUGGCAGUAAUGUGCACCUCAUUACUGCCACAGAGGUCUGGGACCAGAAGGUGUCAGAAGCUAAUAAGGAUGGCAAAACUGUUUUGUUGAAUUUCAGCGCAACAUGGUGUGGUCCUUGUAGAAUGAUUGCACCAUUCUACCGUGAGUUGUCUGAGAAAUACCCUUCUCUGAUGUUCCUGUUGGUUGAUGUUGAUGAACUACCUGAAUUCAGCAGUUCAUGGGAUAUCAAAGCUACUCCGACCUUUUUCUUUCUAAGAGAUGGGAAGCAACUUGACAAGCUUGUUGGGGCCAACAAGCCAGAGCUGCAGAAGAAGAUAACUGCUAUUGUAGACUCGGUGGCUGAUUGUGACAAAUGAAUUUUGUGGUGGUUCAUGUAUUUGAGAACACAGCAAUUAGCAUCUUUGUCCAUUGUGUUCUUAGUACUAUGGUUGUUAAUUGUGAGCCUUUGUCUGUAGAUUUGGCCUGUCUUGUAAAUACGACUACAUGAAAAUUUUGGAAUGCGUAAACUGUGAAUGUGCAAUUCCACUGUAUUCUUCUACUAACAUUGCUCUGGAAAUUUAAAAUUUCUUCUCA